AGCCGUUGGAACCAGCAGCAGUAAAUGCUUGUUUCGCCUGCCUCACUCAUCCCUCCUCUCCCUGUUCCGCUGCGCUCCGCUCUGUUCUGCUGCAGUGGAUGGUCCUCACAGUGCGCUCGCAGCUCAUCUCAGCAGAGGAGAUCCGAGCAUCUCUGUCAUUUCCUCCUCUCCCACCUCCUCACCCUCACCCCCCCUGCAGCCGUCCUUCUCCCGCCGUUCAGCUGUCACAGGGUCUGGACCGACGUGACGGGAGAAGUCACAGGACAGAUGAGAGCGCUCAAGAAGUCCUCCCAGCCAGCAUCUCGUGCUCAUAUGACAGGCUGAGCUCCUGCUGUCGCGGGAUGACAGAGAACAUUGUACUCUUAGAUGCCUCCUGCUUUUAGGCUCUGUGUGAGAAUCACAGUGCACACUGUGUGGUGAACCAGAAGACCAGCAGUAUUCAUGGUCGCCCUCGCAGUACUUCGAUGAGGACAGCUACACCCCUCCACCCAGGAACAUGAAGGGUCUCUCUGGUGGCCGCCCUCCCCAGCUCCAGCUCACAUCCCCCACCUCAGCUCACACCUGCGGCCUGGCUGAUUGUGACCACUCCCUGGACCACCACUUUCAUGGUGAUGCACGCUCCCCCUCCUACCUCCUUAGCCCCACUGAGAGCUACCCCCUUGAGAGUCUCCACCGCUGCUCCCCACGCAGCUCCAUCCACUCUGAGUGCAUGAUGAUGCCUGUGUCCCUGUCUGCCACAGACCACUCAAUCGCUAGUAGCACUUUCCCUCGUAUGCACUAUGGUAGUGGCUCCCGGGACAGCGGCGGAAACACUUCCGGUGGAAGAGACUCCCGAGACGAUGGAGGUUCCUCACACGGUGGCAGCGGCAAGAUGAACCGGAUCCCAGCCAACCUGUUGGACCAGUUUGAAAAGCAGAUGCCGCUGCACCGGGAUGGUUUUCACACACUGCAGUACCAACGCACAGCCACCACCACCACCACCACGGAGCAGCGCAACGAAAGCCCCGGACGAAUCCGACACCUGGUCCACUCUGUACAAAAACUUUUUACCAAGUCACACUCCCUAGAGGGUUCUUCCAAGAUGAACGGCACCAAAAGCGACUCGCACAGGGAAGGCUCGCGCCACCACCAUCACCACCACCAAGGCCACCACAAACACAGCAAACGCAGCAAAAGCAAAGAUCGCAAAUCUGAGGGCGGCGGCAAGCAUCGCUCUGGAGGAUGGUGGAGUUCAGACGACAAUCUGGACAGCGACAGCACGUACAGAACACCGAGCAUCAUGUCGCACCAUCCGGUGGACCACAUUAGCCACUGUUACCCCGACUCAGUGCACAGCCACCUGGCCGGAGACCUGUCCCUGAAAACCUCGAAGAGUAACAACGACGUCAAGUGUUCGGCUUGCGAGAGCAUGAGCAUGGCGCCAGAGGGCAAAUUCAUGAAGAGGAGCUCCUGGUCAACGCUCACCGUCAGCCAAGCCAAGGAAGCCUACAGGAAGUCUUCACUCAACCUAGAAAAACCCAUGAUUCCCUCUGAUCUGAAGCCCAACAUCCGGCCCUGUAGCUAUCUACAGGUGCCCCAGGACGAGUGGGGGGGCUAUCCUGGAGGUGGGAAAGACGAUGAGAUCCCAUGCCGUCGGAUGCGGAGCAGCAGCUAUGUUAAAGCCAUGGGGGACGAGGAGAGCGGAGAGUCGGACUCCAGUCCAAAGACAUCGCCUCAGAAGUCGGUUCGGAAAGAUGCCCUGGUCAAGGCUAUCAUCAGACCGAGGGACUUACUGGACUCCCACAGCUCUUACCGCCUGGAUAAAAUCAACAGUGACAUGCGUAACUACAUCACCAAUUUUGCUGCAGACUUGAGCCAGAACUACCACUUGCAGGCCACAAGAGAAAUGCGCCCGAGCUUUGCCCUCGAUCCUUCCACUAACUACAACUCACCAAAGUUUCGCUCCAGGAACCAGAGUUACAUGAGAGCUGUUAGCACGCUGAGUCAGGCUAGCUGCGUUAGCCAAGUGAGCCAGGUGAGUGAAGCCGAAGUAAAUGGGCAGUUUGAGUCUGUGUGCGAGUCUGUGUUCAGUGAGGUGGAGUCCCAGGCCAUGGAAGCUUUGGACCUGCCGGGCUGCUUCAGAACUAGAAGCCACAGCUACCUACGAGCAAUUCAGGCUGGAUACUCACACGAUGACGACUGCAUCCCCCCUAUAGCCUCCACUGUCACCUCCACCAUCAGGUCCACCACAGACAGAACGUAUGCACAGGACGAAACUUGUUUACCCACCCAGCCCAGCAUACAUGAGGAUUUGGCAGAUACCACCCCACUGACUCACGAUGAUCUAGGCUGCCCAGUCAGAAGAGACAGGCUUUACCGCAAAAAUAACAUGGGAACCCCAUUGGCCAAACCGGUGUCUGGACCACCUGUAUCUCCAAGCCUCUUUAGAUCCCCAAGAUCUAGUGCUCCAGAACGCCCAUCACCAAAAGCGAUUCAGGCUAGUAUUAAAGAAUCUGCCACCUUGGCUGCAGCUAUCAGCAUGCAGUGGAAGGAAGAGGUCUCUGCCAUGCGCCGAGAGCUAGCCGAGCUUCGUAGGGACCUCUGUAAAGAACUGCGUGCUUUCAACAACAACUUCAACAGCUUUACGCAACACUACAACACGUGGUCUCCCCAAGGUGGUAAUGUGGCACCUGGAGCUAGAACACCUUUUACAGAAGUUGGGACUGCUUCAGCAGCAGGACCCAAAACCAAUGCAAAGCUAGAGUCGGAACAGCUCGGCACUGCAACUGCACCCAGAAGCACUGGUAAAACAAAAGAAAAGAAACCCCAGGUAUCUAAGGUCUCUGUGGGAACUCAGGCCAGAAGCAAAGUUUUGGUCAGGCAAAGUACUGCCGAUGCAGCUGUUAACUGUCCUGAUGAGAAAGAGGACAAGAAAGGUAUUCGGCGUAGUCUUCCAAAACAGCUGUCUAUGGACCCAAGCAUUCUUGCCUGUCCACAGUCCAUGUAUGUAGAAAGUGCCAUCCCACUCACUCUGGAUCCAGUACUUCCUGGUCCUCUGAGAGGAGUUCAGCCAGAGCAUAGCUUGACUGCUGGGCCCUUUAAAGCUAAAGAAGACCAAGAUACAGAGUUGCAACACAAAGUGGUUGUAAGUUCAUCUGCUACCAACACUAAAGAUCCAGUAACCAUUCGAGAUGCAGCGCCGCAUUCAUCCAAAACAGCCUUUGAAAGCCAACAUGAUUCAUUUACUGCACAACCUGUAAUUCCUCCAAAACUAACAGAUGUAGACAAAGCAAAUGACACUGAUCCACAAACCAAUCAAUCUCAAACUGAUGAUGUGAAAUCACCAAACUCUGAACAAAUCGACAUCCCAAAGAUACAGCUACCAUUCCCAGUCCCAAUAGUGACUGUGUCUCCACCAAAUGAGUCUGAACAGGAAAUAACAUCUGAUCCAGAGAUUCCAAACAUCCUCGUGGUGGAAAAGUCUGCUUCGCAAAGCCCUACUGCUGUCUCUUUACCGCAGUCAGGAUUAGAAGAUUCAGUUGCUUCAGAUUCAGCAGAAACAGAACCAAAAAAGUUUAACAAGCCAAUAGUGUCUUCAUCAAACUCUUCAAAUCAAGGUGUUGUCCCAGUCUGUGAUGCACCAUCCAUUCAUUUUGAUAGUGCACUGCCAAGUGUUUUAUCGACGGAUAUUCAAUGUCCAUCUAUUGUGGUGUCAGAGUACUUUGAGGAAGACUCACCCACAAGUCCAACCGGUAGCGAUACAAACCCAGAACCCAUAGUCACUUUCCCUGAGUUUCCUCCUGACUCUCCUCUAGAUCAAAGGUCAUCAUUUUCAGCCUUUUCUUCCAGUUCGGUGGAAACUCAGCCAAACACAGAAGAGUCUGAAUCAGAGUGGCCACCACUUCCAGAGCCACUGGAUACGACACCGAUAUACCAUGCAGAUCUUGUCCAUUUUGACUUGGUCAUGCUUACCUCCCUAGAUCAAGAUGAUCUUGACUCUGUGUUUAUGGACCCUGAACCCGAGCCUUUAAGCUCUUCUUUUAGUCCUGAAGAUUUAUGUAUUCCAACAUAUCAGUCAGAUUCUCCAAGCUCCCCUCUCCCUGCAGACCCUGGCACAACUUGCUUUAUGGAACCUUCAGAAGACUUUAGCAGUUUGGAUUCACCUAUGGAGUUCCCUCUUGAUCCUGCUCCUCCUAAUGUAGCCUCAAAACAAAUGCGUGGAUUUGCGUUUCCACAAGUCACCGUCACAAUAUCUCCUCCCAGUUCAGUUUCUCCUGAUACAUCACUGGAGAUUGACGUAGAACCUGUGAGUCCAGCGUCCGAUUCCUCACUACCUGAUCCUGAUUUGUUGUUACAAGAAGUUGAAGGCUCAGAUGAUUCCACAGCAGGAGGGCCCCAAUGUCUGACUGCAUCCCAGGAGACUCUGAGUCAUACAGAGGAGAUAGAAGAAAGAAUGCUGAGAAGUCCAGAACGAAUAUCAAGCGAUCAAGCCUUUCUUUGGUACCGAUGGCAGAGAAGGGGACGUAGGCUGGAAUCAUUGCACAGAAGUGCAAGUGUGGAACUUUGGAGUGGCAGAUAUGAGUACAAUAGUUCAGAAAUCACAUAUGUGUCUCUCAGCCUGUGAGCUCAUACCUCAGUCUCAGCAGACAAAAUGUAGCUCCACAUUAUACAUGCUCACAGCUCUUGGUUUGUAGCUGCCAGUGCAAUGCAGAGAGCAACUUGCAGACUCUAGUCUUGUUUGACGACUGACGUCUAAGCAAGGAAUGUUUUCUGCAAGUUCUAAUAGCGCAUUGAGGAAUGCAAGAUACUGCAGGAAUGUCAUAAACUCUAUGUGGAGGAAAAAUAUCCCAAAAAAACAAUUUUAAUAGUACCUGACUGAAGCAGUACUCUUCCAAGACUUUUUACCCCCAUGUACCACUUCAAAACAAAUGAGAAAUGAAUGUUGUUUAUGUGCCGUUACUUCAAAAUAUAUUUUGUUUUCUAAAGAUCUCUCAUACAGACUACGGAAAAGAGGAUCUACAACAUAAAAAAAUCUCAACAAUCCCUAUGGAAAUGAGAAAAAUGCCCACUCAUCUUUCCUUUGAAUUUUUGUAUGUCACCACUCAUUUGGAGUGAUCUAAACCUUUACAGUUAUCAUAUAACUACAACAAUCAUCCUGCUACUAUUUGAGCUGUUAGGUUAACACUGCAGUUUGGAAGAAAAAGGAUGCUGUGAAAUGCUGUUUGCACAAUCUUAGAUAAAGAUCGGAUACAGUACUGUAGAGUUGUAAGGAAAAAAUGACGGCCAACUCAUGUUUUGGUUGUUUUAGAUCUUUUAGCAGAUAUGAAUAUUUUUUUCUUAUGUCUGUUUUAUCUGCACUUUAACUUAUUUCUAGUCAAGACUGGUUGACUAUUUUUUUCUUUUUAAAAAACGGUUUUGUACGGUUCUCCUGAAGGGAUAUUGACGUAAAAAAAAUACAGGUUAAGUACCAGUUAUGUCUGGUAUGGACCAAAAAGUAACCGGUGUGCAUCACUUACUAUCUGGUACAGACCAGACAGUAACCGGUGUGCACCAGUUGCUAUCUGGUGUGGACCGGACAGUAACAGGUGUGCACUAGUUACGAUCCUUUGCGGACCAGGCAGUAACCGGUGUGUACCAGUUGCUAUUGGUGCGGACGAGAUAGUAACCGGUGUGCACUAGUUACUAUCGUGUUCGGACCAGAGAGUAGCUAGUGCACACCGGUCACUAUCUGGUGUGGAUCAGACAGUAACUGGUGUGCACUAGUUACUAUCUGGUGCGCCCCAGACAGUAACUGGAUUGGACCAGUUACUAUCUGGUGUGGACCAGACAGUAACCGGUGUGCACUAGUUACGAUCCUGUGCGGACCAGACAAUAACCAGUGUGUACCAGUUGUUAUUGGUGCGGACGAGAUAGUAGCCAGUGUGCACUAGUUACUAUCAUGUUCGGACUAGAGAGUAGCUAGUGCACACCGGUUACUAUCUGGUGUGGAUCAGACAGUAACCGGUGUGCACUAGUUACUAUCUGGUGCGCACCAGACAGUAACUGGAGUGGACCAGUUACUAUCUGGUGCAGACCAGACAGUAACCGGUGUGAACUAGUUACUAUUGUCUUCGUACCAGAUAGUAACCGGUGUGCACUAGCUACUAUCUGGUGCAGACCAGACAGUAUCCGGUGUGCACCAGUUUCAGUCUGGCGCGGACCAGAUAGCAACUGGUGCACUGUGUCCGCACAAGAAAUUAGUUUCGUUUUUUUUUUUGUUUUUUUUUUACUGUGAUGUCCCUUUAGGGGCUCCAUAGUUUUGCACGUGGAUGUCCAAAACUUUUGAUCAUUGCAAUUUAAAAAAAUAUCUUAUCCUUGAUGCUACCAAAUAUAAUUUAUCAAUAUGUAGCCUCUUUUCAUACAUUACUUUCAUGCAUUUUGCUGACACACAUAUUUUCUGGACUGUAAGUAUAAAUCACUUUAUUGUAAUAUUAAGAAAAUAAUGUAUUAACUAUGUAUCUAACUAUCAACUAACACACAGAACAGCAGAUGUUACUGGAAGAUAAUGUAUUUUUUACAGACACAGUUCAUCUCGAUGCUCAGGAAUUAAAGAUUAAUAUUGUUAUACAGGGCAAACAUGGAUACAAUUUAAUGUUAAACUGUGUUUCUUCUUGAAAAGAAGUGUUUGUCACAGUGGGAAUAUUUUUUAACAUGCGUGUCAGUAUAUGAACUGUUAUGAUGCAUGAAGCAUUGCCUCAACAUUUUGUACAUUUCAUACUCUGUGCCUCGUUGUUAGCAUCCGGUUCAGUUCAUUGUAUAAUUCUAUUGAUUAGCACAAUGGAAAGGGUAGGGUGGUCUGUACACCACCCAAUCUGACAGCUGACAAUGAACAAAAAGUUGAAUCAAAAGAUGUGCAAAAUCUGUGCUUUCUGUCCAGUUAUUGGACUGUACAUGGAAUUGCCCAGUGAAGUUUGUGCUCAAAUAAAAAGCAACUGAAGAAAACGUAUAUUCAAGCAUAACAUAGAAAAGGCUUUUUGUGUGUGUGUGCUUUUUCUUAACGUGUGAAGCUAUGACAGAUUUCUGUUUUCUAACAUUUUAAAAGAUUGUCAACUUAAUUAGGCUUCUUGUGGCAUUUAUCAGAACAAUUCCACCCUCAACCACCUUUUCAGUUUGAGUCAUUUCAGUGUUUUACUGAUCACCAAAAAAGGUGCUCCAGAAGUGUCACCCUGACUCCUUCCUAGUGUAGUAUUCAGUCACAUAGUGUUAUACAAUAAGACAAACAAAGCGAUUUAAAGUUCUAAUGCAGGGGUAUUCAAAUCCAGGCCUCGAGGGCCGGUGUCCUACAUGUUUUCCAACCAACCUUCCAUUGAAGCUCCUUAUUGGCUGCUAAUUUCCAGGAUCAGGUAUGUUUAGCCAAUAAGGAGCUUCAAUGGAAGGUUGGUUGGAAAACAUGUAGGACACCGGCCCUCGAGGCCUGGACUUGAAUACCCCUGUUCUAAUGAGUAGUGGUUAACAAUUAGGCUGAAUCCUAUGACUUCUCCCUACACCUACAUUUAGCCUUCCAGACAGAGAGUUAUGAAAAAAAAUAGUGUCUACAACUUUGGACUUUACAAACCCUUGAUAAAAUCAUCAACAGUCUCUGGUCAUCUAUGUUAGCACGGACCUGCCAGCUCUCUGAAAAUACAUUACAACAUCGGUUUUAUAGCUUUACAAAGUAAUGCUAAAACAAAAAGUCAUUACUUACGUUUAAAUGUAAACUUCUGUGCUUCAGAGCACACCCACGUGAAGAAAAGUGUUUCUCCUAUGCGGUACGCUAAACAUCCUCGAAAAGUCAAAGUCCCUACUCAUUAAACUAUUUCAGACACCCCUACCUCUACAAAUGCCCCUACAAUUAGAGGGGUAGACAAAAAAAAUCAGAUUUGGCCUUAAUGUCAUAUUUGUACGAAAACAAACUUACACUGAAUAUUAUUUAGCAAACAUUUAUAUCCAUAGGAACAAACAAACACAUUUUAUUUUAAAGGCAAUGAGGAGUGUCUUGCUAAGGGGGCAUAGUCCUAGUCUAAACCUGGAAUUUGAACCUAUAACCAAUCAGUUGCAGGUUGGUGAAAUUGGUGGGGCUAAUCUGAUCUGAACAGCUUUAUGCAUGUAAAAAAAACUAGUUUUUAAACAAACAUUUUAAAUAAUUUAAACUUUUUGUUACCAAGGUUAUGCCCUAGUCACAAGAUAUGGAUGAAUAUGGGCUACAGCACAUGUAAGAUUAUGCAGUAGACCACACUGUGAGCCCGUAGCGGGAAAAUGUCCAUACAUUUUUCAAAGGGCAUGCGUUAGGCAACAGAUCAUAGAGAACAUUUAUACUGUAUGUCAUGUAAGGGUAAGUAUGGGUGAAGUAGGAGAGUAGCAGGCACGUCGUACUGACACUGAUUUUGUGCGAGGGCGUCUUACGGGUCAUUAGUAUCAGAUACACACCCCGUCUGUGCAGCAUUUGUGCACAGUUAAAAAGGAGCCGGUACCCGCACAUUACUAUUGACUGGUGGAGUGUAUAUCGUCCAUAAGCACAAGUGCGUGUAACUCACAUUAUCCUUCAAAAUACUUUACGAUUCACUUACUGCUCACACGACAAUUGUACGUUCCAUUUUCAGGAUGUCACUUAAGGUGGUCCUACGAGCCUCAAGGGAAGACACAACUGUGAUCCCUUUUGGAUACAGUUGCUCUUCUCUAUGACCUUCUUCCACGGGCUCGGAGAACCCAAAACCCGUACGGGUCAACCCCUCGUUACUAAGGCAUAAACAUGGUGUUGUUGAGAUCCAUCUUAAAAAAAAA